UUCUCAGUUCUUAGAGAGAGGCAUCGAUCACCAUGACCGAGAAUGACGUUGACAACGAGCUCUUGGAUUACGAAGACGAUGAGGUUGAAAACCAGGCAGCGGGAGACGGGGUGGAUGUCCCAUCCAAGAAAGACGUCAAGGGGUCCUACGUCUCCAUCCACAGUUCUGGGUUUCGAGAUUUCUUGCUGAAGCCAGAGCUGCUGCGCGCCAUUGUUGACUGUGGCUUUGAGCACCCCUCGGAAGUACAACACGAGUCUAUCCCGCAGGCCAUCCUGGGCAUGGAUGUCCUAUGCCAGGCCAAGUCGGGCAUGGGCAAGACCGCCGUCUUCGUUCUUGCCACAUUACAGCAGUUGGAGCCGGUCACGGGACAGGUGUCGGUGCUGGUGAUGUGUCACACGCGUGAGCUGGCCUUCCAGAUCAGCAAGGAAUACGAGCGUUUCUCCAAGUACAUGCCCAGUGUCAAGGUGUCGGUGUUCUUUGGAGGCCUGUCCAUCAAGAAGGACGAGGAGGUGCUGAAGAAGAACUGCCCCCACAUCGUGGUGGGCACCCCGGGCCGCAUUUUGGCCUUGGCCCGCAACAAGAGUCUCAACCUCAAGCACAUCAAGCAUUUCAUCCUGGACGAGUGCGAUAAGAUGCUCGAGCAGCUCGAUAUGCGCCGGGAUGUCCAGGAGAUCUUCCGCAUGACCCCGCACGAAAAGCAGGUCAUGAUGUUCAGUGCCACUCUCAGCAAGGAAAUCCGCCCCGUGUGCAGCAAAUUCAUGCAAGACGCCAUGGAGAUCUUCGUGGACGAUGAGACCAAGCUGACGCUGCACGGGCUGCAGCAGUACUAUGUCAAACUGAAAGACAACGAGAAGAACCGCAAGCUCUUUGACCUGCUCGAUGUGCUGGAAUUCAACCAGGUGGUGAUCUUUGUGAAGUCGGUGCAGCGCUGCAUAGCAUUGGCUCAGCUUCUGGUGGAGCAGAACUUCCCGGCCAUUGCCAUCCACAGGGGGAUGCCCCAGGAGGAGAGGUUGUCGCGGUACCAACAAUUCAAGGAUUUCCAGCGGCGAAUCUUGGUGGCCACCAAUCUCUUUGGUCGUGGCAUGGACAUCGAGCGAGUCAACAUUGCCUUCAACUACGACAUGCCGGAGGAUUCAGACACCUACCUGCACCGGGUGGCUCGCGCCGGACGCUUCGGCACCAAGGGCCUGGCCAUCACUUUCGUGUCAGACGAAAACGACGCCAAGAUCCUGAAUGAGGUGCAGGACCGCUUUGAGGUGAACAUCAGCGAGCUGCCUGACGAGAUCGACAUCUCUUCUUACAUUGAACAGACCCGAUAAAGGGGGGGAGCCUUUCCUCUCUACAUCGACUUUGGUUUUACUUCCUGACCUCUUCCGCUUCCCUGAAACUUCACGUUUAAUUUCACUUGACGGAAAACGAAGUGGCUUUGACUGUCCGGACGACACCCAUUCACAACCACU